GUGCAAUACAAAAUCAUGACAACAUAAUGGAGUUUGAAUCCGGCCUAGAUAAUAUCUUGAAUCAAGAAAUUACAAUUGUUCGUGGAAGGAAACCUAGAGAAAUAUGUGCGGUCGAGCGCAGCCAGAAUGUGAUGGAAGUUGACUCCAUAAAAAAUCUAGCCAACGUUUUGGACCUACUGGGUAAACGCUCGGGAAAAGCUCAAGGAUUACCUGGACCUGUGACAUCCUAUAGUAAAUUCAGGGAUUCGAACCAGUUAAUUUUUUUGUUGUCUGAUGUUCCUUCACAAAAGAUUCUAGGUUUUCUUAAGACAGGUAGAAAACGGCUCUUUGUGCACGACUUAAAAGGAGUUUGUGUCGAAUGUAUGCCUUUAUGUGUUUUGGAUUUUUACAUUCAUGAAGAAUAUCAAAGAAAGGGGUAUGGAAAAAAGUUGUUCGACUUGAUGCUUAAAACUGAAAAUAUCAAUCCUUCCUGUUUGGCCAUCGAUUCACCUUCUGAGAAAAUGAUUCAAUUUUUACAAAAACAUUAUAAUUUAACUAAUCCAAUAUUUUCACCCAACAAUUUUGUAAUCUAUUCAGGAUUUUUUGAUAAAAUACUCUAUGGUUCAUUGAAUAUUGAAAAUUAUUCACCAAUUCAACCGAACAUGUCAUCCAUACGAAUUUGGGAUACGGAAGGUUUAAUUAAUAAACGCAAACUGAAUUCAAAUGUAAAUAAUCUUUAUGCAAAAUAUCGUCAUUCUUAUGAUAUUACAAACCAAAUACCUAACAUGUGUAAUAAUAAUAAUAAUAAUAAUAACAAUAAUAAUAAUAAUAAUCACGAUGAUGAUAGUCCAUCGCCCGUUGAACAAACAAAAUUACACAAUCAAAUUAAUCAUUUUGAACAAAACAAUAAUGUGACAUUGAAUAAUAAUAAUGAUCCAUUGGAUAGUAGUAGUAGUCCAUUGCAUAAAACUUUCAAGAAACAAUCAAUGACAAAUAAAACUAUUUAUGAUUUGCCUCAAACAAACAAUGACACCACUGUUAAAUUAAAACAAAUCAUUGAUGACACAUCAUCACAAUCAAUGAUGAAUUCACCUAAUAUUGAAAUGAUGAAGAAAUGUGAAGUAUUACAAAAUACAGUUGAUAAUAGUAGGAUUAAAUCUCCAAUACAAAAGAAAUCUAACCGUCCUACUGUGACCAAUUCAGAAUUAUUUAAUUACUGUUCAUUUCAAAUGCGAAAUCGAUCCAGAGCAAACUAUUCUUAUAUAAAUGCUGUACGUAAUCAUAAUCGUCAUACAAGAUUAUGGUAACGUAUAUAUUCGAUUUUCAUUGCAAUUCAAUAUGGAUUUUCUUAUGUGACAAAAAUGAUUUUUACGACAAAUGUAUUCAUCAUCAUUCCAGAGCGAGCGAGCGAGAGAGAGCAGAUGAUACUACACAAUCUGUUAAAGGAGAUGAUUGCAUAUAUAUAUAUAUUUAUUGUUUUCAGAAAGCAAUUCACAUUUAACAGAUUUUUCAUGUAUAUUUUAUAAUUCACAGCUAAAAUAACAUAUAUACAUAUAUAUAUUACUGAUAAAUGAUUGAUAGUAGUUCGUAACUCAGAUCGAACACUCUACUGACAUUUAUGAUCUGACGAGAAUUCAAGAUAUUUUACCAAAUUAUAAGCUGUCAAUAUUCAUUCAUUUUAUUUAAUUACCCGCAAAAAUAAUCAUGUAAUUAUUUAUACUUGAAUAUUAACAUAAUUCAAUGGUUUCACUUCUAAUGCC